CGACAUGUGGAAGACUUUUCUUUGGGUUUGCCAGAGGCCGGGGACAAGGAGCUCACUGACUAUCGAAGUCAAAGUAUGAUAUGGUUUCCUCGGGCUAGAAGGAUCUCUACCAGGCACAGGAGGUGUUUCUUCACAUCAGCUUUCGCUUCUCGGCAAUGGAAACAAGGGAUGACAACCAACUUGAUUUUCCACGAGAUUUCCGGCACACAGAAAUUGUGCGUAUCUCUUUGACGAAAAGCCGCAAAUCUUUGCCUUUGAAUCUUCCAACUGACCAAGUUAGUCCAAGGAGGAAAAGUUCUCGGCUUCUCUCUAUCUCGCCCGGGAACUUUCCACGACGCUCGACUCUAGAAUGCGAAGUACUGCCGGAUCUCUGGCACACCUCGGCGUCUUGUACUGCCCGAUGCUCCCUUGACCGACAAACACAACAUGAUCCACUAUCCGGUCGAAAGUUCCCGGCUCGACCACCUUGAUCUCCAGCGCUCCAACGCUGCCCUCUCGCCGGUUCCGCCGAUACACCACGGACAGCGAUUCCUCCAUCACCGAGCAGCACUCGCGGAGCUCCGCCUCCAGGGACUCCA